AUGUCUGCUACUUUCAGAAAUCAAGAUCCCCAGUUUAAACCUGUAGAUCAUAUAUACGAAGACAGGUUAAGACAGUUUAUUUCUAAAAACAAUGAUAUCAAUAAAUACUCUUACUUAUCUGAUUACUAUGAUCUAAAAAGGUAUUCAUCACUAAAUGAUACAAAUGAUGAAAAGUAUAUUUCUAUACAGUACUAUCAGGUUCCAUUUAACGAAGAUGAUCCAACGGAUCCAAAUAAUAGGCCAAGUUGGAAAUCCAUAAUCAAUGCCGGUAACGCGAACGACUUUAGCAACAAAAAUUUUAAAUCUUGUUUUAAAAACCAACCAUUUGGUCCAAGUUGGAGCACCACUUGGUUUAGAGUAGAAAUUAAUAUCCCAUUUACCCACGAUGAUGAACAAUGGACUUUUCAAUUUGAUUGUGAAAAUGAAGGGUUGCUUAUUGACCCUAUUACUUUUCAACCAAUUACUUCGUUUUCAGGCAAAGGUGAAAGAAUUGAAUAUUCAUUGCCCAAAAGGAGUGAGUUGAACAAGAAUAAACUUGUGUUUUUUAUUGAGUGUGGCAACAAUGGCAUGUUUGGAUGUGGGUUUAACGGGGACAUUAACCCGCCCGAUAAUAAUAAAUGGUUUCAUCUACUAAAGGCCGAUUUGGUCUUGCCAAAUUGGGACGCUAGAAGUUUAUUUUAUGAUUUUUGGAUUUGCAGUGACCUUGCAAGAGAAGGGUCACAGAAUUCCUGGCAAAAACAUAAAGCAAGAAUGAUUUGUAAUCAAGUUAUGGAUAUUUUUAAUCGGGAAGAAGAUAGCAUUGAUCAUGGAAUUAACAAGUGUAGAGAUUUGUUGAAAAAAGAAUUACUUGGCUUUGAUAUUGAUUCUUCCAAAGUCUAUUUCAACCAUUAUUCCAGUGGCAGCAACGACAACAGUGACACUGAUAGCAGUAUCACUCCAGUUUUUGCCUUAGGUAAUUGCCAUAUUGACACUGCAUGGUUGUGGCCAUUUGCUGAAACUAAAAGGAAAGUUGUUAGAUCGUGGAGUUCUCAAGUUACUUUGAUGGAUAGAUAUCCGGAAUAUAGAUUUGUUGCAUCCCAAGGCCAACAAUUUAAAUGGUUGAAGGUUGAACAUCCCGAUUUUUUUAACAAGAAGCUAGUGCCUAAAAUCAAAAAUGGACAAUUUAUUCCAAUCGGGGGUACCUGGGUUGAGAAUGACACUAAUAUGCCAUGUGGCGAAUCCCUUUGUAGACAAUUUUUUUAUGGUCAAAGGUUUUCAAUUCGUAAUUUUGACGGCUUAAUCUCUAAAUGCUUUUGGCUUCCAGAUACCUUUGGCUACUCCUCGAAUAUACCUCAAAUUGCUCGCUUAUCGCAAAUUCAAUUUUUCUUAACCCAAAAAUUAUCCUGGAAUAACAUCAACACUUUCCCACAUUCCACUUUUCAAUGGCGUGGAAUUGAUGGGUCUCAAUUGCUAACCCACAUGCCACCUGCUAAUACUUACACCUGUGAUGCCCAUUUUGGUGAUGUCGUAAGAACUCACUCCCAAAAUAAAUCAUUGUAUUGUUAUCCAAGCGGAUUGAUGUUGUAUGGUAAAGGUGAUGGUGGCGGUGGCCCAACUGAUGAAAUGCUAGAGAAAAUGAGGCGUAUCAGAGGAUUAAAUAAUAAAUUGGGCGAUGCCGCUGUGCCUAAGUUAAGUUGUGAACAACUCAAUGUAAAUGAUUUUUUCAAUGACAUUUUAAGAAAAACAAAUAAUGGUUGCGACUUGCCCACCUGGUCUGGAGAGUUGUAUUUAGAAUUCCAUAGAGGCACUUACACUACACAGGCGUAUUUGAAAAAAUUGAUGCGAUACUCUGAACAUGCUUUGCUAGAGUUGGAAAAAUUUGCUACUUGGCACAGUUUGAAUUGUUACACUGCUGCUGCUGCUGAUGAUGAUUGUACAAAAAAAUGUAAUCAAUCUGAAACAUUUCUUUCUGGUAAUGCGGACAACUACGAGUAUCCAGUUAAGGAGAUUGGUUCCAUGUGGGAAGAUGUUUUAUUAUGUCAGUUCCAUGAUGUUUUACCAGGUUCUUGUAUUGAAAUGGUUUAUAAACAUGAAGCAAUUCCUAAAUUAGAAGCUGUUUUGGACAAGUGCGAUAAACUAUGCAAUGAUAUUAUACUAGAUAUCAAAUCCAAGGACGAUUAUGUUGUGAUUGACAAGAAUAGUAAUGCGUUUAGGCUUUGUGAAGAAUCUUAUGCUUCUCAUUACGAUUAUAGGAACUCUUUCAUUUUUGGAACAAAGAUGUAUGGACAUCAGCAAGUUGAAAAGCAGGUUGUCAAUAAAGUGGGUUUUAAGAAAGAUAACCCUGACAUUAUAGUAUUGAGCAAUAACCAUAUAACAGUUGAAAUUAAUAAAGUUACUGGAUUGAUUGUGGAUGUUAGUGAUGACAAGUACCAUUACCUAGAUUUAAGUCAUGGAAGAAAUAAAAGCGGGGCUAACCAGUUUGUUUUAUUUGAUGAUAAACCGUUAAAUUGGCAGGCAUGGGAUACUGAACUGUAUGAUGUCAACAAUUACAAGGUUGUUGAUAAUUUAGAAUCCGUGGAUAUCAAUGAAGCAGAAGCCAAAGUCACUAUUAAAUUCAAGAUUUGUGGUGGCCAAAGUGGUGCAAAAGAUAAAGAAUGUUUUAUUACAACCAAAGUGUCGUUAGACAAAAAAAUGAUUGUAUUUAAUACUAUUGUUGAAAACUGGUAUGAAUGCAAUAAAUUUUUGAAGGUAGAAUUUCCAGUCAAUGUUAACAACGAUUAUUGUUCUUAUGAGACCCAAUUUGGUAUUACCAAAAGGCCAACGCAUUAUAACACUUCGUGGGAUACUGCAAAAUUUGAAGUGUGUCAUCAUAAAUUUGCUGACUAUUCCGAAUAUAGUAAAGGUGUAUCGAUUAUCAACGAUUCAAAGUAUGGCUUUGCUACACAUGGUAAUUUAAUGAGAUUGUCUUUGUUAAGAUCGCCCAAAGCCCCAGAUGCACAUGCUGAUAUGGGGUAUCAUCAAAUAAAGUACGCUAUGUUGCCACACAAGGGACAGCUCGGCAUGGAAACAGUAAAUGAGGCUAUUAAAUUCAAUAAAUAUCAUAUUAAUAACAUGCAGCAUAUUCCGUUGGAAAACUUGAAAACAUACAACGAGUUUUUCAAAAUAAAGCCUGUGCAUCCUAGGGUAGAUACUAAAGGGUUCAAAAACGGCGAAAGCAGUGAGGAUUUGAAUGUUGUUAUAUCUAGUAUUAAAAGGGGGGAAGACGAUUUCUCUAAGGAUAAAUCUGAAUAUAGUUUAAAGGAACAAGAUUGUGAUGAAGAUUCGCCAUUAAAAUCCGUUGUUGUUCGUGUUUAUGAGCCUUUGGGUGGUGAGGUAGAUGCCUAUAUUGAGCCUUAUUAUAAAAUCGAGGCUGUGGAAAGGGUUGACAAUUUGGAAAUUGCACUUGAUUCGAAGGUAUGUGUGGAUCAUGGUGAAAAUCGUAUCAAAAUAAAAUUAAAACCUUUUGAAAUUGCCAGUUUUAAAUUUUAUUUUAAGACUAUUAAAUUAAGGAAAAGCUGA